AGGUUUAAGUUUUUGAAAUUGAAGUAGGUCUGCACAAUAGGAACUCAUGUCUUUUCUUCGGUGGGUCUCGGAAAAGUUCAUUGUUGAGGGCUUAAGAGAUUUGGAACUAUUUGGAGAGCAGCCUCCGGGUGACACUCGGAGAAAAACCAAUGAGGAAAGCUCAGAGUCGAUAGCAUCCUUCUCUAAACCAGAGGUCAUGAGUAGCUUUCUGCCAGAGAGAGGGUGUUACGAGCUACUCACCAUCAUAGGCAAAGGAUUUGAGGACCUGAUGACAGUGAACCUGGCAAGGUACAAGCCAAUAGGUGAAUAUGUGACUGUGCGGAGGAUUAACCUGGAGGCCUGUUCCAAUGAGAUGGUGACGUUUUUGCAGGGGGAGCUUCAUGUCUCCAGACUCUUCAGCCAUCCCAACAUUGUGCCGUAUCGAGCCACCUUCAUUGCGGACAAUGAGCUGUGGGUCGUCACAGCCUUCAUGGCGUAUGGCUCCGCGAAGGAUCUCAUCUGCUCACACUUCGCGGACGGCAUGAGCGAGUUGGCCAUUGCAUACCUGCUGCAGGGGCUGCUCAGGGCCCUGGACUACAUCCACCACAUGGGCUACGUGCACAGGAGCGUGAAAGCCAGCCACGUCCUGGUCUCCGCGGACGGGAAGGUCUGCCUGUCCGGGCUGCGCAGCAGCCUCAGCAUGAUCCGCCAUGGGCAGCGGCAGCGCGUGGUCCACGACUUCCCCCGACACAGCGUCAAGGUGCUGCCCUGGCUCAGCCCUGAGGUCCUUCAGCAGAACCUUCAGGGUUACGACGCCAAGUCUGACAUCUACAGUGUGGGGAUCACAGCCUGCGAGCUGGCCAAUGGCCACGUGCCCUUCAAGGACAUGCCUGCCACCCAGGUGAGCCUGCAGCCCAGCGCUCCUUCUUGCCUGUCAGACACCGCCCUCUCCGUCGAGAAGUCCCCGUGGAGGACUGUGCUGUGGUGA